AUGUCGAAACAUAACAUCGACACUGAACGUGUGAUAACAGAAGUUCGAAUAAGACCACCUUUGUGGGAUCUAUCUCACGAUUUAUUCAAAGAUAAAGAUGCCAAGCUUCAAGCAUGGUUUGGAGUGUAUAAAGCUCUUUUGCCCGAUUUUAAUGAUUUGUCUGAGAAUGAUAAAAAAGACUUUGAAAAAAGUGUACAACAAAGAUGGAGAACUGCGAGAGAUGCUUACAUGAGAUGCAAAAAUUCUAUGAAAUCUGUGAAAUCGGGAUCGGAAGGCGGAAAGAGAACCAAAUACGUAUUUUUCAAACAUUUACAGUUUCUUGACAAAAAACAUGUUGCCGACACCGAAGAUUCUAUUGAAGAAAAUGAAACAAGAGAAGAUACAAAACAAGAUUCAAAUUUAGAGUCUCCAAUCAAUCCACGUUCUACUGAAACAGUAUCCACCAAUCCAGAAACCCAACCACAGUGUUCCAGCCAAGUUAGACAAGAUUCUUCAAACACAACUAAACAAUCUAGCUCUACUCCUAACACAAACCCAUCAAGGAAGCGUAAAAACGCAAAAACUAAUGAAGACAGCUACUUCGAUAAAAACAUCUUGGAGUUUUUAACAAAAAACAGCGAAAUUAUUCAAAAUGACGAUAUGGCAUUUUUUUAUUCUCUUUUACCUUUAACACGGACAUUCGACAAUCGUCAAAAAGUUAUGUUCCGUACUGCAGUAAUGAAUAAAGCCCUGGAAAUUUGUAACUGCCCUUCGUCUAUCACUCCUCUUGCUUCACCAAUGUAUGCAUCUACCUCUCGCCCUGAAUCUUCUACUUCCAGCAUGAAUAUAGCAUCACCAGAAUCUCUACCAUCAGGAUCUCAAGACAUAGUUUUGUAUUCAGUUGAAGAACCUUCGUCUCAAAAUGUAGUGAGAACUAAUCCAAAUAUCGCACAUACAUCACAAAAUUCGGUAAUCACAUCUUUGUCUGCUUCCAGCUUCAAUAUACCAUCACCAGGAUCUCGAGACAUAGUUUUGUAUUCAGUUGAAGAACCUUCGUUUCAAAACGUAGUGACAACUAAUCGUAAUUUCGCUUAUACGAGCACAUCACAAAAUUUGGAAAACCCAUCAUCUGAUUUGUCUCAGUAUAUUAAUUUUAAGCAAUGA